AUGUCGCCAUUCGAGCACGGCGAAGUGUUUGUGCUGGACGACGGCGGAGAGGUGGAUCUGGAUUUGGGGAACUACGAGAGAUUCCUCGACAUCACGCUCACGCGAGAUAACAACAUCACGACUGGCAAGAUCUAUCAGUCCGUGAUUGAACGGGAGAGGCGUGGUGACUACCUCGGCAAAACCGUUCAGGUGGUGCCGCACAUCACCACGGCCAUCCAGGAUUGGAUAGAGCGCGUGGCGCAGGUACCAGUGGACGGCAGUGGGGAACGUGCUGACGUCUGCGUCAUCGAGCUGGGCGGCACUGUUGGUGACAUCGAGUCUAUGCCCUUCAUCGAAGCGCUUCGUCAGUUUCAGUUCAGAGUCGGGCAGGAGAACCUGUGUCUGGUGCACGUGAGUCUGGUGCCGGUGCUGGGAGUGGUGGGAGAGCAGAAGACCAAGCCCACGCAGCACAGCGUGCGCGAGCUCAGAGCGCUCGGCCUCAUGCCCAACCUCCUCGCCUGCCGCAGCGCCGAGCCCCUAGAGCCGUCCACUCGAGAGAAGCUGUCGCAGUUCUGCCACGUGCCUGUGCAAAACGUGCUCAACCUGCAUGACGUGAAGAACAUCUGGCACAUCCCGCUGCUGCUGCUCGAGCAAGGCGCCCAUCUGUCCAUUCUCAAGCAAUUCCAAAUCGAGCCUUCCGAGCCUCAGCUCCAGGAAUGGGCGCACCGAGCCAAGAGCUGGGACGGACUCACAGAGACAGUUAGCAUUGCCAUGGUGGGCAAGUACACGGGCCUCUCCGACUCCUACCUCUCCGUGCUCAAGGCGCUACAGCAUGCAGCCAUGGCGUGUGGGCGCAAGCUCAUCAUCGAAUGGGUGGCGUCAUCUGACCUUGAAGAUGCUGCCAAACAAGAGAGUCCAGACCUGUACAAUGAAGCCUGGGCAGCCUUGAAGAGAGCGGAUGGGGUGUUGGUGCCGGGUGGCUUUGGAGACCGAGGCGUGGAAGGAAAGAUUCUCGCAGCAAACUACGCCCGAACCAACCGCGUGCCGUACCUGGGGAUCUGCCUCGGCAUGCAGAUCGCCGUCAUUGAGUACGCCCGGAAUGUGCUGGGGCAUGCAAAGGCGAGCAGCACCGAGUUCGACCCAGCAUCACCGCACCCGUGCAUCGUCUUCAUGCCUGAGGUGUCCAAGACCCACAUGGGCGCCACCAUGCGCCUGGGAGCACGAGACACUGUCCUCCACUCGCCAGACUGCCUUGCUGCCAAGCUGUAUGGCACGAGCAGCAGUGUGAGUGAGCGGCACCGGCAUCGUUACGAGGUGAACCCCGACCUGAUCGACGAGUUUGAAGCGGCUGGACUUCAAUUCGUCGGCCGGGACGAGUCCGGGCGGCGCAUGGAGAUCCUGGAGAUUCCAUCUCAUCCGUACUUCCUGGCCGUCCAAUACCACCCAGAGUUCAAGUCCAGACCAGGGAGGCCGUCCCCUGUCUUCCAAGCUGCUGCUGCUGCUGCUGCUGCUGCUGCUGCUGCUGCUGCUGCUGCUGCUGCUGCUGCUGCUGCUGCUGCUGCUGCUAAUGGUACCGUUGCCACGGUCACCCAUGCUGUCUGA